AUGACACCAUCCCCACGGAGCUCGGCUGCGGGCCCAAAACCAUCAGCAGGCCCAGGGGCCUUUAGUAGCAAUAAUUGUUCAGGUCGGAUCGAGAAGAGAGCAAGGAGUGAACGGCCCAAGGAGCCUGGGAUGGAACAAAACCAGGAUAUCGCGGAGGCCGAGCCUGAGGAGAAUGCGCGACCGCAGUGGGCCGAGCCCGAGCCCGAAUCCACAGAGACGCAGUCCCCUCGAAGGAUCCAAACAAGAGCCUCACACAAUACCACGACAUCGGCUCAGGACGGGGAAGCAGGUGUGAACGACAGCAAGAAGAAAAGCGGAGGCGUGGUGCUCUACCACACCAUCUCCUCCGGAGGGCCAACGCUGAAGACCAUCGGCGACUUGCUUGCAGAAGUUGACCCGCACCAAAAUUUUGCGAUUCCUGCCAACCACAUUGUUGCAAGCGUGGCGAUCGACACGAGGAUUCGCGAGCAAAUGAUACGUGUUGUCCCAAAGGGUAACCUGACGCCAGCCCGCGUGCGCUAUCUAUUGGCCGACAGCACCUCCGUUUGCAAGUCCUUGUGGUCUAUCCGCGAGCAAUCGCGCGCACUGUUCUGGUCCCGCGUGUACAAAUCGAGCUGGUGGCUCAAACAGAUUGAUGGUGCUGAUUGUCGCGAGUUCUUCCUCGCGAUGUGUGUCUGCUUCAGGAAUGGCUCAGGCAAGCAACCAACCAAUAACACGACCAGGGGCUUUAGAGAUCUGCACGAUCUUUUUCAGAAGGAGCAGAACAGCGAGCUGGAUGAGUACAUCAGUGCCGAUGUCAGCCGCCCCAACCAGCCCCUGGACGGUAGUCGUGCCGCCAGCCGAAACUCUACCUCGCGGAAGAAGGGCAGCAAGGCUGUAUCUAAGGAUAGUAAUAUCUUUCGCCGGUCAGGCAACACCAACAUGACCGAGUUCGAACGCCGGGGCGUCGAUUUGAAGGGCCUCAAGCCUAUUAUAGAUACGGGUCUCCCACGAUUGGAGGAGGGGCGGGAGCGGGAGAGGAUGAUUCGGGCCUUAACGGGCGUGGGAAUCAAGGACGAGGCUGCGGCUGCGGCUGAGACUGUUGCUGCUGCUGCUUCUGGCCCUGUGCCGAAGUCCACGCCGGCCGGGAAGGAUGACUCUGGGAACCGUGACACGCCAAUCAAGGUUAGCAACCAGAUGUUGGCGGCAACCAGGAGGAGGCUCGGAAUGGGGAGGAUUCAAGAGACCAAGGGUAGCACAAAAAGCGACUGA